AGGACAGCUCAAAAGAAACUGAUCAACCAGAAAACACGGGGCCACACAACUUAAGCUGCUCUUAAUUUGUGGCAUUAUAACUACAAAGAAACUGUCUAUACAUGCGUUUUCAAUUUGAUCAUCGGAGAAUCGAAAACCAUUUGUUCGUCUGAUCAGCAGUAAAAAAAUGCCUCAAGGAACGCUUGAAGUUCUUCUUGUUUCCGCAAAAGCUCUCGACGACACGGAUUUGAUCACCAAGAUGGAUCCUUACGUUAGAUUGACUUGUCGGACUCAGGAGCAGAAAAGCAGUGUUGCUUCAGGCAAAGGAUCUGAACCAGAAUGGAACGAAACAUUUGUUUUUACGGUGUCUGAAGGCGCAUCUGAACUGAUUCUCAAGAUUCAGGACAGCGACAGAUUCACACAUGAUGAUUUUGUUGGAGAAGCAAUAAUAUCGUUAGAGCCGGUAUUCAUGGAAGGUAGCCUCCCACCAACUGCAUACAAUGUCGUCAAGGAAGAGCGAUACUGCGGAGAGAUAAAAGUUGCCCUGCUUUUUACUCCUGAUGCCUGAGGGAGGUCGGAGAGUUGAUGUGGAGGAGAAGGAUGGAAAGAAUCUUCUUAUUGAUGAAAUCGAUUUCCAAUGUUUAAUCGUAACUUGUAUAAGCCUUACAUCUAUGUUGUGUUUGGUUGUUGAAGUAGAUUGAACAGAGUUUGAAAUCAACAUUUGGUUUAAGAUAAUGAUGUAACAUACAAUAUGAACUUCCAAUUUCCAAA